GGUCUGACGAGUCCGGAGAUCAAAGACAACUUAAUCGCACUGUUCAUCGCCGCCACCGAAUCCAUCGCCAAAACCCUUUCCCAAUGUAUAUACUAUUUGGCAAAAUAUCCGGAUAUCCAACGCACGGCUUACCAAGAAGUGUGCGAUAAGAUCAAGAACCCGGAUAACAUCAAUUGGGAAACAUUGCGGGAACUACACUAUACCGAGGCGUUUAUUAAGGAAGUGCUACGGUUUACGACCCCUUUCCCCAGGUUUGAGAGAAUCGUAAAAACGGACUUUCAUUUGGACACAGAAUUUGGCCCUAUUCUGUUGCCUAAGAACUCAAUUGUCUCAGUGCUGGCAUCCGUGGUACAUAUGGACCCAGACUACUUUGCCGAACCCGAUGUAUUUAAUCCAAAUAGAUUUCUACCCGGGUUUCAACACCUGAUAAACCCUUUGGCAUUCAUACCAUUUGCCAACGGACCCCGAAAUUGCAUUGAUUUC